AGUUCUUUGGUGGGGUCUUUUCCUGGCCACUCAAACCUCUGUCUUUUCCCAUCGUAGGUGGCCCUGGGGUCCAGCUCUGCAUCAGUGAUGUCCUCCCUAUCCUGGCCAAGGUGCUUCAUGGCCACAAGGCAGAGCCCCUGCAUCUGUGCCACCGGCUGGACAAGGAAACUACAGGCGUCAUGGUGUUGGCUCGGGACAAGGAGGUGGCACACCAGGUCCAAGAGCUGUUUAGAACCCGUCAGGUGGUGAAGAAGUACUGGGCCAUCACCGUGCGCGUCCCCGUGCCCUCAGCAGGCGUCGUGGAUAUCCCCAUCGUGGAGAAGGAGGUGCAAGGGCAGCAGCAGCACCACAAGAUGACGCUGUCCCCAAGCUACCGCAUGGACAAUGGGAAGAUGGUGAGAAUGCGGACCAGCCGGAGCGCGCACGUGGCUGUGACGCAGUACCAGGUGCUGAGCAGCACCGUCUCCUCGGCCCUGUUGGAGCUCCAUCCUGUUACUGGGGUAAAACAUCAGCUUCGCGUUCACCUGUCUUUUGGAUUGGAUUGCCCAAUCCUUGGCGAUCACAAGUACUCGGACUGGAAUAAGUUGGCCCCCCAGAAGCUGUCUGCCGGCACUCUGCGGAAGCUGGGGCUGCCACAGUCGAAGGCCCGCCACCUCCCUCUGCACCUGCAUGCCCGCCAGCUCGUCCUGCCUGCCCUGGGGUCCAGGAAUGAGGAGCUCAGCUUGGUCUGCAGGCUCCCUCGCUACUUUGUACGCUCUCUGAGCCGCCUGGGCUUAGAGCUGCCGAGUCAGGAUCCAGACGACAACAAAGCUGAGCCUCUGGGAGCUCAGGGGAGACAGCUGGGCCCCUGGGAGCUCCGGGGAGACAGCUGGACAGUGCGCACUGGCCCUGAAUUCUUCCCUUUGUUGAAUGGACGUGGCUGACUUCUCCCAUGGGACAGACUCCAGAAGAGCCAAGUGAGGAGUUGAAGGACCCCAGCUGCUCACGGCUUUUACUGGAAACUGAAGUGUAUUUUCUGCUAUUGGGCCACAUUCUGGGAAAGCCUGUGGGAAGUCUCCCUGCCUCGGGGUCAUCUUGCCAAAAUGGAAGAGAGCCCAGGACCAGGCAGGUGGGGUCAGUAAUUGGAAACGGAGAACUGCAGCGCAGAACCUGUGAGCAGGCACUUUUCACCCAACAAUAAAGCUCUUGGUCCACCAGGAA